AGAAGAGUUCUUCAUGCCAGGGACCGCUGUAGCCUCAGCACACAGAGUACUGUAGCUCCUGGAUCACACGAAGAUAAGCAAAUGGAUGAGAAAGAGCUGAGUGAUUCUCUGAAUAACGUGUCUCACAUUAAAGAUGAUCUGACCAGGUCAAACAUGGGGUCUUCUGGUGACUCAGAGAAAGUCAUCCAGCACUUGAAAGAUGAGCUUCGAGAAGCCCAGGAGCUAGCCAAUACUGAGAAACACAAAUGCAUGGAGCUACAAGGCAUCCUGCAGGAAGAGCGAAAAGACAAUAAAAAACAAGCUGAUGAAUCUGCAAAACAGAUAAAACAUCUUCAAGGCCAGCUGAGGCAGCUCCAAGACGAAACACACAUUCUCAGGGAGCAGAUAGAUGUCUCCUCUGGUUCACACGACGAGUUACAGAGUGCACGUGACGAGGUGAAGGCGCUGAAACGUGCCUUAGAGGCAGCCACUACCGAGCGGGACCGUGACGUCGCUGUUAUCCAGAACAACCUGGCAACCGUCUCAAAGGAUCUGGACAAAUGGCGUCAGACUGCCAACAAAUAUGAGCGUGAGAUCGAGAACCUGCAGCGUGACCUUCAACAACAGAGCAAGCAGUGGCAGAAGACUGCAGAGAUACAAGCCAGUGAGCUGCAGUCCAUGCAGGUGGAGUGUAACGGGCUUCAGAAGGAGUGCUCUGUCCUGCGAUCUGAAAAACAAGACACUUUGAAUAAGCACCAGAAGGAAAAGAGCAGCCUGCAAAGUGAGUGUGCCUCCCUCAGGGCCGAGAAGGAGGAACUCCUCAAGACUCACCAGAAAGAGAAGAGCAACCUGCAGAGUGAAUGUGCAGCUCUGCGCUCUGAGAAAGAGGUUGUGCUGCAGAGACAGCAGCAGCUGGAAAAGGACCUUGCCAGUUCGCGUGCCCAGAAUGCCGAGCUGAGCAGCAGCCUCAAAGCCCUGGAGAGAUCCCAGCAGGAGUUGGAGAAGAGGCUGGCGGCUCUGCAGCUCCAGCACCAGCAGGAUAGCACCAAGCUGCAAACCCAGCUGGAUGAAGCAGACAGCCGCAGCAAGGCUCUGCAGAGAGAGUAUGAGGAGGUCCAGACAGAACUAUCAGACCUGAAGGAAAAAUAUGAGAAGACUGAGCAGGAAAAACAGAUGCUUACAGGGGAUUUUGAGGAGUGCAAAGCCCAGCUGAAGGAAUUACAGGACAAAGGGACAAAGAAACUGUGGAUGAUCUGGGGGCCUGUGGCUGCUGUGGCUCUAACAGCUGUGACGGCUGCCGUGCUCUUGAGGACCUGAGGGCAGUGUGCUCACACACACACACACACACACACACACACACACACACACACACACACACACAAAUCCAUAUUUGUCAUCUCUGCACUGAAAAAUUUGCCCCCUUAUCAUAUCUGCACUAUUAAUUAGGAGGGCUCGUACUUAACACUGUUUAAUAUUAAGAUGCUCUAUUUUAGAUGAGAAGAAACGUUAAUAAAAGAAUGUGUCAGUUUUGUGUGCAAAUGAAAAAGUUUGUUUGUAUGCUUAUUAUUUUUUGAAGGAACUCUAGUUGGGUCAUUUUUUGUUUACUAUAAUGACUUAUAGAAUACCCAUUAAUGAAUGUAAGGAAAUGUUAAAUUAGCUCUAAAUAAAUGAUGAUAUUUUAGAUGGAUCACCUGGAGUUUGGACCUCCCUAAAUGUAAUACUUCUCUGUAACUGUCAGAAUAAUAAAUAUUGUCACAAUAA